UCAAUUAUUUCAUGCACAUUUUUGCAGUUGCCCUCUUAGAAUAAAAAGUGAGGCUGAGGCUACAAUCAAAAAUAGUUUAUACAGUGAUAAUAAAGCUAUUUUGCUCAAUACAAACAUUUUCUCGCUUUGCUCCACUCAGAUUGACUCCUGAGUGGUUUGUUUUUCUAUUCAGGCGGUUUUACUGGGUUUUUAAACACCCCACCAAGACCUCUAACUGGAAUCUGGUUCAUCUUGUUGCACCUUGGAAAAACUUCUCAGAGCACAAUGAGCCUGAACGUGCCAGGAUUGGUGGUGACGUUGCUCUUCUACCUGCUGGUGCUGGGCACCGGUAUCUGGGCCUCCAUGAAGUCCAAGCGGCUGCAGAAGAGCAGCCAGGCAGACCGAACAGAGAUCACCUUGCUGGGCAACAGAGGGAUCAGCCUGGUGGUGGGAGUCUUCACAAUGACAGCUACAUUCGUUGGAGGGGGCUUCAUCGUUGGUCUGACGGAGGCGGUGUACUCUCCAGACAUGGGACUGACCUGGGCUGUCAUACCAGUCACAGCAGCUCUGUCUUUCAUCAUUGGUGGACUUUUCUUCGCCAAGAAGAUGAGAGACAAAAAAUAUGUGACGAUGAUGGACCCGUUCCAGAUAAAGUAUGGAAAUGUGAUAAGUGGAGUUCUGUCCGUGGCACUGCUGAUAUCUGACAUCAUCUGGGUUACAGGAACUCUAAUAGGUUUAGGUGCAACAAUGAGUAUAAUCCUGGAUUUGCCGUACAUUCUUUGCAUUUGGAUCUCUGCUGCGGUCGCCAUCAUCUACACACUGCUGGGAGGCCUCUACUCUGUAGCCUACACAGACAUCAUACAGCUCACCCUCAUAUUCUUCAGCUUGUGGUUAUGUGUCCCCUUCAUCCUAAUGAACCCCCAUUCAGCUGACAUCACCAAGACCGCUUUCAACUUCACCUACCAGGCCCCCUGGAUUGGUUCAGUGAAUAAAGAAAGAGCGUGGAGGUGGAUUGAUAAUUUCUUAGUGUUGUCUUUGGGUAACCUUGGAUAUCAGGACUUCCAUCAGAGGACCCUGUCAGCCGCCUCGUCCGCCACAGCCAGGAUCACCUGCUUUAUUGCAGCUCCCCUCAUUUUCAUACUCGGAAUACCAUCCUUGUUGAUCGGAGCAGUUGCAGCAUCAACAGACUGGAACACGACCGCGUACGGCUCCCCAUCCCCGUACCAGCGUGGAGAGUCUAGUCAGGUUCUGCCCAUUGCUCUGCAGCACCUCACCCCACCCUACAUCUCAAUCAUCGGUAUCGGAGCUAUAGCUGCUGCCGUAAUGUCAUCAACGGACUCGGCUCUAUUAUCAGCAGCCUCUAUCUUCACAUCCAACAUAUACAAGACCAUCCUGAGGACCACGGCGUCAGAUCGGGAGCUGCAGUGGGUGAUCCGUGCCACUGUGGUACUGGUGGGCCUCGCUGGCACGGCGCUCACCUUCCUACACAGCAGCAUUAUGGCUUUCUGGAUCCUGGGCUCAAGUAUAACUUACAUCAUGAUUUUCCCUCAACUCGUCUGUGUCCUCUUCUUCAACCUCUCCAAUGGCUACGGCUCUGUCAUUGGCUUGCUCCUUGCAGUGUCACUGAGCGUGCUGAGCGGCGAGUCAUCAUUGGGGUUGCCUGUCGUUCUCCACUUCCCAGGUUGCACUCUUGUGGACGGGGUAUAUGUCCAGCGCUCUCCUGUUCAGACUAUAUGCAUGUUGUCCAACAUGUUUGCCACUUUGUUGUUCUCCUACCUGAUCUCCCUGCUAUUCAAUAAAGGACUGAUUCCUGAGAGGUGGGACAUAUUGAAAGUGAAAAGCGACAAACGACCACAGAACCUAAUGGUAAUGAGCAAUAGCAACACCAGAACAGAGGAGGAGGAGAGACCUGAUGUUCAAAGUGAGACUGAAUCAAUGUUGAACACAAAUAAGUAACAUUUAAAGAUAAUUGUUUAAUGGGGUGUUUACAUGGUUCGAAGGCUGCUAUAUUAUCAUGUCUUUUUAUAUUAAAUACAUUAAUGUUUAUAAAAAUGAGCCUUCCUGCCAGAGGAUGGUACAAGAAUUCAUCUCUUGCAGCAAUUGAAUGUGUUAGAGAAUUUGUAAUAAAUGCUUUGGCAGUGGUGUAAAAGUAUAUGAACUAAGGUACUUAAGUGCAGUUUUGAGAUAUUUGUACUUUACUUCAGUACAUUUAAGUUCCUAGCUACUUUGCAGAUCAGAUUAACAAAACAAAAUAUCAUCAACAAAAUUAUUAUUAUCUAUUAUUAUAGGUUAAAGUAAGACUUAAAUGAUCCCAAUGAGAAAUUCAGAAGCUACCCACCAGAAUAUAAAGUAAUUAAAAUUAGCCCUACCUUUAGCAGCUUCUACAAUAAAAAGAUGAAUGCAUCAAUAUUGAUGCUUUAAUCAUAGUCAUAGAACCAACAAUAGAACAUACAUUAUUCUGAAAUGGGUAUUUCUGCAUGACAAGCACUUUCACAUUUGGGACUUUUGGGCUUAUGUUGGUGCCAAUACAUGUGUAUAGUAAACUUUUCAAUGCAUUCCUUUCACUUGUACUGGUAUUUCUACAGUGCGGUAAUGCUACUCUUGUUUAAGUAAAUUAUAUGAAUACUUUUUUCGCCACUGUGCUUUGGUGUCUUUUCUAUUUUAGUGGGGUUUUGUUACUUUUUUGUACUUGUAUGUGAUACUGAUAUAUUUUUUUAAACUAUCAAUGAUGCAAUAAACAUCCUGAUAAAAUGAAAACAUUAAAAUAUCAAACUGUCUUGACAUGUUAAGUCACAUAUGGAAUGUAUUGAAUUGCUGAAUAAAUAAUGUUGUGACAUUCAUGACUUGGGCCUGUAUUUAGCUGGAGGUAAGAACAGGUAUACUAUAUGGUAAUUAUAUUCCUCCAUGGUUGUGCAUGUUUUGACUGGUUAUAAGUGCUCUAAUAAAAAGUUGUUUUUCACUCAGCAGCACCAGUCAUCCCACUUCAAGCACAUAAAGUUGAAUUAGGUAUUAUGUCUAUGUCUGAUUUGAUGGUAUGUGUAUACUGUGAGUGUAUAUGGUGGUGCAUAUGGUGGUCAAAGUUCAAAGCUGAUAUCUAGC